AUGUUUCUCGCUCGAAACGGCGCGAAGUUGGACUACUCCACGGGCCAGUCGAGACCUCUUGAUGCUCCAAUUUCGCAACCUGCUGAGCAUCCGGUGCGCCUCUCGAUCAUCAACUCAUCAAUCGUGGAAAAAGGGGGUGUCAGUCUGGUAGCAAAGGAGUUUUGGGCUUAG